CUCGCUAAAAAGUUUAUGGAUGUCUUGGUUUUGAUUAAUUAUAAUAUUAUAAUCUGAGAUAUAUGAAACAGAUGUUAGUUAAAGUUAAUCUGCCUUAAAAGUAAUAUUGAAGAGAAUAUUGUAUUGGUAGUUAGUUAUUUGCAGCUCUGAAAUUCUGGAAUAAUUAAAGAAAAGAAAAUUUAGACCUCUUAGAUUUCUGAGAAGAAUAUUAAAAAAAAAAAAGUUGACUAGCUAGCAUUGAAAGUAAAAAUGGCGGAAGAACAAAUCAUAAUCGAAACGAACGAAGAAGCGAUUCCAGAAGAAUAUAGUGAAGCAGAAGAAGCAUCCAGAACCAAAAUAGAGAAGGAUGCAGAGGCUGCGAAUCAACCGGAGGAAAUGAAGCCACAGAAAUUCAUGGCGGUAGAUUUGCCUUUCAAGGACGACCAAGGAAAUGAAAAGAUGCGAAGGAUUACUGUUCCAAUUAUACGAGAACUAAAAGAAAGAAAGUACAAAAUUAUAAAAAGGAAAAGAACCGUGCCUCGAAAAAAGAAGAACGAAAGAGACGAGGAAGAAGACACAGAAGAAGAAUACGACGCCUGUAUGUUGGUAGAAACGGUCACCAAGACUGUCUUGAUCAGGGACGUCCUAGAAAGUGGUGAUGUAGAAGAAAGAGAAGAAGACUUCAAAGAAGAAUACUUGAUAGGGAAAGAAAGGAAGUUCAAGUACGUAACUGUGGAGAAAGAAGACGAAAAUGGCGCGACGCACGAAGUUGAAGAGUUAGAGGUGGAAAGUGAAAUAGAAGAUGAAAAAGCGCAUAGGAGGCGGAGAAGAAUACGAAAGAGGAUUGUCAAAAACCGUUAUAAUUCGGAACAUGAAUUAAUAGGAGAAGAGUUCAAAAGCGAGUGGAUUGACGAGGAGGAAGGAAUGGUGAGGGAAGAGUUCAGCCACAUAGAAGAAGAGCAACCCAAAGAGCCGAAAGUGGAAGAAGAAGAAAAAGAACAUGUCAUCAUGUUGGAGGACGAGGAAUGGAAGGCCAUCGAUGAACUGAUGAUGGAAGGAGAAGAAGAAUCAAUUGAAGAAGAAUCUGAAAAGGAAAAAAUCCCAAGAGAGACCUCAAGGGACAGAGAACGGAAGAAACAAAAAGUCAGUUUUUACAAGUUGAUGAAGUUGUUUCUUAACGAGAUCGAAAGGCGAAAGGUAUUAAUGAGGGACAUCAAGCUGUUUUGCCAUCUCACUCAAGCCCAAGUUAAAUCACCUGGAAAAGAAUUCGAAGAAAAUCCCCAAAAGUUCAUCGAUCAAGAGACUGCCGAGGUGGAAGCUCUGACGAAACAUCUAAUCGAAGUCUACGAGCAGUACAAAGAGGAAGAGUCGAGGUACCAAAAAGAGAUCGACGAGGUCAGCCAGAGUGAGAAGAAACACCUCCAAGACUACAAGCGCCUGCUGCUCGAUCUCAUCCACGACAGCGACAAAAACGUCAUGAAGCGCCUAUCGAAAGGACAGGACCUGACCAAAGUAGUGGAGGACACGUUCAAGUACGAAGAGCUGCUGAGUAAGGAAUACGUGAAGAAGGCUAUAUGCACAAUGAACAUCGAGCAGAUCAAGUACCUGCUCUUCACGGAGGUCGACCAGAGCGAUGUCCCUGAUGAGCAGAAGCAGGUCGACCCCUUCGAGCUGGAUAAGAUGAUGAAGGGGUUGAGGAACUUUGAAAACGAAGCUCUAGAGGAUCGUACAAAAUUGGAAGUAGAAAAGAAGAAAUUUAAUAAGAUAUUGGAAAACAUCAUAUGCAAAAGAAGAGAAGCUGAUUACAUGGUGAGGAAGGAAGAAGAGUUCUUGAAGAAGAAACCGAAGAUUGAGAAACGCCUAGACGAAAAAGAGAAACUCUAUUGGAAACUGAAAAAGUAUUGGAAAGAUUGGGAGGAAGCGUUUCAGAGAUCACUAAAAGAUGAUUACAAGGAACGGUUCCCAGCUGUUUAUCACAAUCAGAAGAAACUGGAUGCAAAGGGAUUGUCUUUGGGGGAAAUGUUGAACACUUUAAAACAACACUGUCCCACGAUAAUAAAAAAGAAGAAAGUUCCAGAGAAUGUUUCUGUAACCCCCGAUGAUGAAGAAUUUUAACCAAUAUAGAAAUUGUAAAAAUAA